GUUACUUGUGUGCAAAAGUUUGGGUUUCACAAUAUAUACUAUUUGUUUUCAUUUUCGUUCAGAAAAGAAGUUUUUGUGAUAUAAGAAUAAUUAUACUUUUUCUGCUGCACAAUAGAGGACCAACGAGAAGAAAAAUGAUCGAGGACGUUCGAUUCGACGGCGAGUUCGAGGUGACGGACGCGCUGAAGAACCAGUACGAUAGAGACGGCUUCCUCAUCGUCAGAAACCUCUUGGAUAAGGAAGAAAUAGCCCAGUUGUGGAAAAUAUUUGAGGAACCAGAUGGCAUUAUGAAACACUCGUAUGAGACGUCAGAACCCGAUGACAAAAAGAUUCUGAGAGUGAUGUACCGUCAUCCAGGAAAUGACGUGAGCGGUAUCAUUUCACGCUCCGAGAAAAUUGUGAACGCCUGCGAAAAGCUACUUGACGGGGAGGUGUACCACUACCAUGGGAAAUUCAUUAUGAAGAAUCCACGAGAGGGUGGCCAGCACGUUUGGCACCAGGAUUACGGAUACUGGUAUAAGCAUAACCUGUUUCCCGACAUGAUCACAGUAUGGAUGGCAAUGGACAAGACCACUCGGCAGAACAGUUGUCUUCAGCUGCUGAAGGGUUCCCACAAGUGCGGGCGUAUCAACCACGUCCCUGGGGACGCAACCCUUCAGACAGGGGCGGACCUGGAACGAGUGGAGGCCCUAAAACCCAAAUGUCCGCAUCUGUAUGCCGAGAUGGAACCAGGCGAUGUGUUGUUCCAGCACUGUAAUCUGCUGCACACAAGCGAGCCAAAUAAUAGCGAUAUGAGGCGCUGGGCGUUCGUGGCUUGCUACAACAAGGCGUCCAAUGACUCCUUCCUGCCACACCACCAUGCAAACUACGUUCCCAUUGAAAAGGUGACCAACUCCGCAAUAAAGGACUGUCGGAACUACACAGACUUUAGCGGGAAAGAUUUCACCGACCCGAUCAAGAAAGAGGAAGACCGAAUGCAUUUCCCGCCAACGGAAGUCAAAGGUUAAAUCCGUGCGUCUGCAUAAAAUGACAGAGAAAUAUUAAAAUUAUUCACUGGAUUUAUUUGAUAACUUGUGAAGUGUUUGAAUUUCAUUUUUUAAUGUAAUAUACUACGUUUUGAAGCACACGUUUGAAAAAUGCAGUCUUUUUAUGACUAAAUCAGGUGUGCCAUCAAGGAUUGUUAAAACACUAGCUAAGCAAUUAAGACACUUUAAAUAAUUCAUGUGCAUCAAUACAUGUGUUUGUUUGUAUUAUUCAAACUUUUCACGUCGAUUGUAAAUAUCUAUCACUUUCGUUUGCUGCAUCAUGUAACGAGAAGCAUGCAUAAUUUAUAACUUUGUAUUUUAAUAAAUAAUAUUGAGAGGAC